UGCGGCUCCACAGAGCCAGAGUGCUAGCCAUCGAAGGGGAUGAUGAAGUUGGCGAAGACAAGAACGGCGACGAGGCUGGUUUCGGUCCCGGCGAUGAUCAGUAUUUGUUCCCACCUAUCCCGGCGCCCAACCUAACCCCCGCUCCAGCUCAUACUUGGGUAGAUAUAGCACCUGGCAGCAGCUUCCUCCUGGUCGGAACAUGAUAGGCAAGCAGCGAACGCUAAACCGCAUGCAGAAGAUCGUCCUCGGCCUCAUCUGUGAGGCGAUGGACAGAGCGGAGGAAGUGUCAGAUAUAGCCGCUGACGGCAACGAAGGACACACGGUGUGGGAGCAGCCACCUCAACAUCUCCAAUACAUAGGCGGAAGCGGCGGCACCGGGAAGUCUUGGCUCAUCGAGACGCUGAAAGAGGUAUUCGCGGCGAAAGGGUCGUCGAAACGUAUUGUCAUAACAGCUACGUCCGGGACGGCGGCGGCAGGGAUCGGCGGUAACACCAUCCACUCCGCGCUGGGGCUAGCCUUCAAGGAUCAAGACGGAGCCGCGAUGGAAAGCCUACCAUCCGCGAACCUGGAGAGGAGCCGGCAGCGUUGGAGAAGGCGUGACGUGCUUGUGGUCGACGAGGUAAGCAUGUUGGGACUUAAGACGCUCUACGAAGUAGACCACAAGCUGCGUGCGCUCCGCGGCUUCCCACACAGGCCGUUCGGCGGGAUACCGGUGGUGGUCUUCACGGGCGACUUCCUCCAGUUCGGACCAGUACUGCAGAAGGGUCUGCUGAGCCGGGUCGACCCCAGCGACUGCGGCAAGGGGCUGCGGAACCUCUCGGAUCGUGCGACGCAAUAUCGAUGGCAGCAGAUCCAGGCCAAGACGACAUGGGAGCUGUUUACCAACGUGGUGAUCCUAGAGGAGCAGAAGAGGGCCGAGGGCGACAAGGAACUGAUAGGGCUCUUAGAACGCAUCCGGACAGGCCGACAGACGGCGGCCGACCUGGACAAGCUCAACUCGCGAUACAUCCCUGACGAGAAGCUCGACUUCACGGGAGGCCGGCGCGCCAUUAUCCCGCUCAACCGACACAGGUGGGACCUCACGCUCUGUGCCGCCCUGGCCUUCGGCGAGGAGCACGGCAGGAAGGUGUCCCUGUUCAUGUCCGAUCACCAGUGGAAAACCCGCAUGCCCAGCGAGGAAGAGAUGGAGGCCGUAGUGCUGCUCGGAGAUGACGCGCAGCUCCCCAUCCCAGGCAUCUUUCCAGUUCACGGCCGCCGGCGUCGUCGCAGACGGAGAGGUAGAAGAACGGGUGAUCCACGACCGGCUGUCCGUCUUCCUCGGGCCGCCAAGCGGCAUCCUUCUCCAAUCGCAGGACACGGAGGGGCUUUCCCGCACAUACCUCCGGGUACCCUCAUGCUAGGGACAGAGACUGUGCAGCUUGACAAAGAAAAGCACGGCAAAUACGUCUGUCCGCGACUUGCAGCCAAGCGGGAGUUUAAGAUGGGGCUGACGCGUACGGGGCUGCCAUGCACGCCGGGCUUUGCGCUCACUGACUAUAAGGCGCAGAGCAAGACCCUAGAGAAGGUCCUGCUCGGGCUCUAUGGGAGAAAAGGGACGAAGGGAUACCCGAGCAUGGAGAAGUGCGACGUGCUUAGCUUGUACGUGCAAUUGUCACAGUGCAAGCGGUUGCGGGACAUACGGCUUGUACAGCCAAUCCCAAGGGAGCACUUCGAACAGGCGCGGAUGUAUCCGGAGCUCACUCAUAGAAGGGGUCGAUCGAUUAAAAGAGCUAGCAAGACAGACGGUUGAGCGGUUUGAGGUCAGGCAUGGGAAGCAAGGUUAGGAGGCAAUCUCCGUUUCGUUCACAGUAAAAACGGAGAGCGGACCCAAUCAGAAGCCAUUUUAUUAGCCUAUCAGAAGGUAGCUAA